AACGCGGCGGAGGCGCAGCGUGUGGCCGACGAACAGCGCGUCGCUGAAGAGAAACGAGUUGCUGAAGAGAAACGAGUCGCUGAAGAGAAACGAGUCGCCGAGGAGCAACGAGUCGCCGAAGAGAAACGGGUUGCCGAGGAGCAACGGCGCCUCGCGGCGCUGCAGCGCGCGGAGGCCGCGAACGCGACGCUCCGCGGCGAGGACGGCCGGAGCCGGGGGCGCCUUUUGGAGGAGGACGGCGCGGAGCGCGACCGCCACGGCGCGCACCUGCGGCUCAUGGAGGAGUCCGUCGCCAAGCAGGAGGAACUGCGCCGCAGGACCGACGAGGCGCUCCUCGCGCAGCGCCUCAAGGACGAGGUCAAGAUCGAGGCGAUGCGCCGCGAGGCCGAGCUCGCGCGCGUCAAGGCCGAGGCCGAGGCGCGCGCCGCGGCGGAGCGCGCCAACGAGGACGUCAAGCUGCGGGCCAUGCGCGCCCAGGCCGCCGAGGACCGGCGCAAGGUCCUCGAGUCCAUCGCGCUCGUCUCGGGCUACGUCGCGCGCGGCGCCGCGACGCUCCUCGACGACCCGAGGAUGCUCGCGACGCUCGUGCUGGCCAUCGUCGCGCUCAUCGGCGGCGGCUUCUUCGCGCGCGAGGCGGCCAUCCUCGCGCGGAGCCUCGCCGAGGCCUACCUCGGGCGGCCGCGGCUCGUCCGCGAGACGAGCCGCCGCUACUUCUCGCGGACCGCGGCGGCGCUCCGGGUCGCCGGGCGGGCCGCGGCCGCGCGCGCGCGCGCGCGCGCGGCCGAGGACGGCUGGCUCGACGGCGUCGUCCUGCCGGGCGACCUGCGGACGCGCGUGCUGCAGCUCGCCGUCGCGACGCGCAACGCGAAGCGCAACCGCGCGCCCUUCCGCCACAUGCUCCUCCACGGGCCGCCGGGCACGGGCAAGACGCUCGUCGCGAAGCGGCUGGCGAAGGCGUCGGGGCUCGAGUACGCGCUCAUGUCCGGCGGCGACGUCGGCCCGCUCGGCGCGGACGGCGUCACGGCGCUCCACACGCUCUUCCGCUGGGCGCGGACGUCGGACACGGGCGUGCUCAUCUUCAUCGACGAGGCCGAGGCGUUCCUCGCGUCGCGGUCGCGGAGCAAGCUCACGGAGCACAUGCGCAACGCGCUCAACGCGUUCCUCUACCAGACGGGGUCGCCGACGAAGUCCUUCAUCCUCGUGCUCGCCACGAACCGCGCCGAGGACCUCGACGAGGCCGUCCUCGACCGCGUCGACGAGACGCUCUACUUUGGGCUCCCGGCGCUGCCCGCGCGGCGGAGCCUCGCGGCGCUCUACUACGCGCGCUACGUGACGAGCCUCGUCUACGCGCCGUCGCGAUUUCGCGCGCUGCUCCGCGCGCUGACCUUCGCGCCCGCGGCCCUCGCCGUCGCGCCGGACGUCACGGACGCGGUCCUCGACGACGUCGCCAAACUCACGGACGACUUCUCGGGCCGCGAGAUCGAGAAGCUCUUCGUCGCCGUGCAGAGCAUCGCCUACGGCUCGGGCUGCACCCUCGACGCGGCGACGCUCCUCACCGUCGUCCAGGCCAAGCGCGACGAGCACGCGCACAAGGCCGCCAUGAACGACGGCGCGUCCAUCCGGUCCGCGCCGAACACGCCGCGGUCGAACCUCGCGACGUCGCCGGCCGUCAACUCGCCCGGGCGGCGCCGCAAGUAG